AUGUUUGAAUUAAAAUGGGUCGCUAUAACCUCUUCAGCCCUUGCUAUUUCAAUAGCUGGUGUUAUCUAUUAUGUUUUUAAAAGAAAACGACCACGUUAUGCUGUAGAAGCUUUUAAUUAUUUAACUGUAAGAGUUGUUCAUAAUGUAGAGGAUUGCGAAGAAAUGAUAACUGAAAUUCGAAGAAGGUGCCUUACCCACCAAGCUGUAGGUUUUGAUUGUGAAUGGGUGACUGAACAAGGGAAGAGAAAGCCUAUAGCCUUGGUUCAAAUCUCUACAUUUGAUGGAUAUUGUUGUCUAUUUCGUUUAAGUAAAAUUAUGUGUGUACCAACAUCUUUAAAGGUUUUACUUGAAGAUGAAAAAAUAUACAAAGUUGGAGUGGCUCCAGUAGAUGAUGCUAAAUAUGUAGCUGCAGAUUAUGGUGUUUUUAUUAAAUCAACAUUAGAUAUACGACACAUUGUUCAGUUAUAUGGAUAUGAUCCUGGAGGAUUAGCUGCAUUAUCAUUGUCUCUUCUUGGUGUUACACUAGACAAGACAUGGAGAAUUCGUUGCAGUGACUGGGGUGCAGAUGAAUUAACAGAACGACAAGUGAGUUAUGCUGCGGCUGAUGCACAUGUUGCUAUAAAAAUAUUUGUUCAACUCAUGAACAAGAGGAUUAAAUGGAAUUGGCUGUCACUAAAUUCAUGGAAUUGUAUUAAUAAAGAUGAGUUAUGCAAGAAAUAUGCUGAUGUAUGUUUUAAAACUAAAGCUGUGAAGAAAGUAAAGAAUGGUGUUCAAAACAAAGAAAACAAAUUAAACAAAGACAUAGUCCUCAGCAAGAGGUACCCAUAUGCAACCAGAUCUAAGCCACUCUACCACAAUUGUUUCCUGCAAGCACCUGAUGGUGAAUUACUAUGUACAUGUGAUACAAAAAAGGCUAUAUGGUAUGUGGAAAAACAUUUAGCAGAUGUAGUAACAGAAGAUCCUCUGACUGUUAGAUUACGAUUCGAGCCAGCUGGACGAUCAGUUGGCGAUGUGGGAAAAUAUUAUCAGUUGACUAAGCAAAACCAUUGUGUAGUGUGCGGUGAGCAUAAUUCCUACAUACGGAAGAAUGUGGUACCGAGGGAGUAUAGGAAGUAUUUUCCAGAGGUAAUGAAGGACCAUUCAUCUCACGAUGUUCUCCUCUUAUGCGUGUCAUGUCACCAACGGAGUAACAUGCUGGACCAGGCUGUUCGAGAACACCUGGCACGUCUAUGCGAUGCGCCCUUUGCUGAUCACGAAAAGGCCAAAUAUGUAGAAGAUGCUGACUGCAAAAAAAUUCGAUCAGCUGCCCGUGCAUUAUUAUAUCAAUCGAAGAAGCAUAAUCUUCCGGAGUCGCGGCGUAAAGAGCUAGAAGAUAUAUUGCUUCAGCAUUAUCCUCAGUACGAUGAGAUCACUGAACAACUACUUGCCGAAGCCGCCGAAAUAUCUGUCGUCAUUGAAAACGCAGAAUACGAAUGCCAUGGAUUUAAAGUGACAGAAUACUUUUUACAACGCGAAGGCUUGCUUCGCCUGGAAGAGAUUUGGCGAGAACACUUUCUACAGACUAUGAAGCCUCGUUUUAUGCCUGAACUGUGGUCGGUCAAACAUAAUGAAGAGAGGUUGCGAGUGCGUUUAUCUGAAGGUCGCUUAACCGAAGAUGAAAUUAAAUUAAUAGGAACAAAUACCUUAAAGUUCGAUUGA